UUGAGAGAAAAAGAAGAGAAGACAAGCAAAACACAAUACACAAUACAGAUGGUCUUCUGCGCACGAUCUUUUGAUUUCCUUUCUCUGUUUCUAUAGCUUCAGGUUUUGCAGCAUUUUUGUGUCAAGCCAAUGGCAACUCUAAGCCACUCCCAUUCCAAGGUGCAUCCUUUCCUAUAUUCUGUAUCACAGGUGCACACAGGGAGUCCAGCAAGACCAGAGUAAUCCUAUAGCAUCUUGGCACACAAUGGCAGAAAAAACCUUGAUGGACUGGGAUGCUGGUCUCUUUGACUGCUUUGAGGAAGUCAAUACUUGCUGCUAUGGUUUCUGGUGCGGCCCCUGCCUCGCCUGCACUGUUUCAGGAAGAUUUGGAGAGAACAACUGUCUCCCCUUAUGUGACAUAUUUGGUUCUGCUGCAUUAGCAGCCUGUGGGAUGCCCCUCUGUGUUCCUCCUGCAGUUUUGUCUGUAAGGGCUGCCAUGCGAAACAGAUAUGGUAUCAAGGGCUCUCUCUGUAAGGACAUUGCAGUUUCCUGUUUCUGUGCCUCAUGCUCCUGGUGUCAGAUGCAUCGUGAGUUAAAGCAUCGCAAGAAAACCCCGACUGUCAUCAACAUAGAGAACAACACUGUUUACAACAUGCAGCCCAUUCCAGUUGCCCAGCCACCAGUGGUGAUGGCGUCUGCACAGCCACCCGCAGCUGGUUUUGUUGCUUAACCCAGGAGGUAUUAUGUGCUCACAGUGACACUGCUCUGAGUUUGCUUUAAUGUAUUUAUUGGUGAAAUCAGAGCCUCUAAUCAUUUUUAAAUACAAUGUAUGAUCAAUUAUUUGUAUUAUUUUGCUAAUAAUCCUGCACAUUUUUUUGUUUAAUAGUUAAAUGAUGAGAAAUGAUGAUGAUGAUAGUGAGAACUGGUGAUUCACUAUAGUUCUGAGAUUAAUUUAGUAAAAAAUAGUUAACUGACGAAAUCAGAUACAAAGAUGAAAUCAGAGAUGUGGGCCUCAUUUUUGUAGCCAGCUAUGGCAAAAGUAUAAGCAUGUUUGGGGGGGGGGUUCCUGCUUAUAUCAGGUAAGCUGCCACCUGUAAGUAGUUCUUUGCUGCCUCUUGAAAGACAAAAACAUGGUAGCUAGCUGCAGGAAAAGGAUUUUUAAAGUAAAAUCUUUAUGACAGGAUACAAAGUCUUUUACUUAUCCCACAUGUGGGAAAACAGUUUGUUAGAGACAAUACUCUGCUUCCUGUCUAAUAAGUGUUGCAGAAGGUGGUCAAGUUUCCAAUGC